CGAAUUUAGACCUUUGAUUUUUCCAAUUCGUUAUGGACAGGUUUUACUGUACAUCAAUGGGUUCCAGCUCAACCCGUCUUGACUGCCACUAGCAAACAUUCAAGACAGGGAUUCUCUACAUGUUGCGCAUAAAGCGCGGUAGAUCCCUUAACCUUAAUUGGAUUAAUGUAUUUAAUCUGUGGUUUGACAUCAUCAUUUCUCUGACUUGUUAUGACUUGGCUGCCUCUUUUAUCGGCGCAUUACAGCACCAAUCACCAAGGGACAAAACUUGAAAAAAAUCAUAUCCAGGGUUACGUAUUUACCUAGUUAGACCGCCACUGUCUUGUUAGUUGUCAAUACAAGUUUCAAUAAAUAAAAGGCUUUUUGGUCUUCCCUUUGUUCCCACGAUUUUGAGGGAGAGUUCGAUGUUUCAAAGUGUUCUGGUUGCAAAUACCAGGUACCCAACCGUCGCUCGCAGUCGACCAGAACAACUAAGGUCCAGCGUCUAAUAAUUACCAACAAUUCUUACCUCUUUCUUGACCGUUCUUAAUUCUUCACUGCUAGACAGUUAGUUAAUUCUACAUCAUCCCCUAGAUAACAAGAUGGCGGGUGUUCUCGCGAAGUUUGUAUCUAAGAAGAUACUCAAGGAAACGGCGGGGAAUCAAUUCGGAGCAGAAGAUCCGUACUUCGAGCAUGUCCCCGCGACAAGACUUGACGGUACCCCGACAGGAAAAGUAAAGAAGGUCCGCAAAGCCUUGCCGCCUGGCCUUUCGGAACACGAUGCGAAGAUCUUGACCAAGGUGAAGAGAAGAGCAUACCGGUUGGAUAUGAGCUUUGGUAGUUUUAUGGGACUCAAGUUUGGCUGGGGUAGUGUUAUAGGCCUGUUCCCUUUUGCCGGAGACGUCGUGGAUGCUCUUCUUGCGAUGAUGGUUGUCCGUACCGCUAAGCAGGUCGAAGGAGGGCUUCCGUUUCGUAUUUGGGCUUGGAUGUACGUGUUAGUAUUUAUAGAUCUCAUCGCCGGGUUGGUUCCGUUUGUUGGAGACAUUGCCGAUGCCGUCAUUCUUGCCAACACACGUAACGCGGUGGCAUUAGAGGAUUACCUGCGAAAGAAAGGCAAGAAGAAUCUUCGCGCUAGCAAAUUGCCGGUCCCAGACGUGGACCCCAGCGACCCGGCCGAGUUCGAUCGAUAUAAUUCGGAGUCACCUGAGCACGCGUCGUCUCGGGCUACGCGUCAAGGAGAGAGGUCUGCCGGCCAAUUGCGAACGGACCAUGUUCCCCAGGAAACUGGUGUCACGCCCGAAUGGAACCAGCCGUCACAGCCCGCUCAAGCAAGGGUACAUGAUGAUCGACGAGGACGCUCGAGCAGGAGUUUCUUUGGGUUAGGUAGCCAAAGAUCUCGUCCGGCUGAUGUCGAGGCUGGUAGACGGAAUUAAGGACCCGCUAGCAACCGCAGAAGUGUGGGGAUUAAUUAAGGAAAUCGGGUCGCGUUAAUUGCUUUGGAGGGGCAGCUUUUACGCGUCACGCUAUCACGAGCUUUGGCUUUUCACUGUCCCGUACGAGAGAUCCUUGGCUAUCUCCGAAUUGUAUUUUUGACAAUUAUACCUUGGUAAAUGCGAAAUUAGGAUGUUUACGUGUAACGAAAACGGCAGAGGAAUAGGUAGACGAUAUCAAGAUACCAUACGAACAUUGCAUCAUAAUGGGGAGUUGUCGUACCCUAGGUAUUUAAGGAAAUAGCGAGUUACUUAUCGGAUUAUCGUGAGACAGUGGGGGCAGUGGAUUGGAAUAGGCAGAUGAAACGAUCAACACGUCUCUGCUCAGGACUGUGUUGAAAGACAUUGUCUGACUGGGUUUAUAUGGCAUGGCUCGUACUCCGAGGACAAGGAAGCCGAGGGCAAAGACCAAUAUUAGGCCCGGAUUCAAACCGCCGCAAAGCCACCCAAAACCACCUAAAAACAACGGUGAUUCGCAAUGCCGAAUAAUCAUUAGCUGAUCCUGAAUCAGCUGCCUACUAAGGUAGAAACUAGACAUCCUAUCCAUACCCCAUUGGGCUGCUUGCUUAUCUGAAUGACUGUGAUCUGUAGGUAAUCCUAGUUGGUACCUAUAUCCCUGCUUUGUGACACGAGAAGCCAGUGCUAAGAGAACCGAGCUGGCCGAAGCCUCCUGCGUUCCUCA